GUGGAUAAGAAUCUCCAGUGGAAGCCACAACACAACACACACACCGCUAGACUACAAUUCCAGCCCUUCCACUUUUACACAGGCUUACAUGCACAUUUAGCAGCCAACCAUGCAGCUCCACCUCCCUCUCCAACCUCUGCCACUGUCAGCUCAAUAGGUAUGGACUGGAAGUCAAAAUCUGAAUUUGAUCAAGGAAGUUGCGAAAUUGAGGAAGCAGUGGAGAAAAGAACUGGGAGAGUUUGGUGCUGUUAGGGGCUCAGCUCAUGGGUAGACGGCAAGAGGAGCCACAGUCGCGCAAGAAGGGAUCAACUCCGGUAGAUUCAGGGAUCCAAUCCCGCUGCCUUGUAUGUUUGGGCAAGAGUAGUUGCCAAGUUGUUCGUUCAAGAACGAAAUUGAUGAAUGCUUUGAUUGCAAAAAGGAAGCCUCAUGAGGCCCAUUCCGUUUUCAAGAGUUUAGCAGAAGAAGGACACAGGCCAACUCUUAUAACAUACACAACUCUUGUAGCUGCCUUGACGCGCCUGAGGCGUUUCAAGUCUAUUCCCUCGCUCCUCUCUCAAGUGGAGGAGAAUGGUAUGAAGCCCGAUUCAAUACUUUUUAAUGCCAUGAUCAAUGCUUCCUCUGAGUCUGGAAAUAUCGACGAUGCCAUGAAAGUCUUUCAGAAAAUGGAGGAGAGUGGAUGUAAGCCCACAACCAGCACUUUUAACACUCUUAUCAAAGGGUAUGGAAUUGUCGGUAAGCCUGAAGAAGCUUUAAAACUGCUAGAGCUUAUGUUGCAGGAUAAGAAUACAAAACCGAAUGACAGGACGUAUAAUAUUAUUGUUAGAGCCUGGUGUAGCGAGGGGAAAAUGAAUCAAGCCUGGAAUGUGGUGUAUAAGAUGGUUGCAUCUGGUAUUCAACCCGACGUAGUCACUUACAACACGUUGGCAAGGGCUUAUGCCGAGAAUGGAGAAACAUAUAUGGCUGAAAGGCUGAUGUUCGAGAUGCAGAACAACAAAGUUAACCCCAACGAGCGAACUUGUGGCAUCAUUGUAAAUGGCUACUGUAAAGAAGGUAGCAUGACAGAUGCCUUGAGGUUUGUAUACAGAAUGAAGGAUCUUGGCGUGCAGCCGAAUCUUGUUGUUUUUAACUCUCUUAUCAAGGGAUUUCUGGACAUUACCGACACUGAUGGAGUUGACGAGGUACUAACGUCGAUGGAAGAAUUUGAAAUAAAACCAGAUGUAAUAACAUUUAGCACCAUAAUGGAUGGAUGGAGCUCAGCAGGACUCAUGGAAAAAUGCCAGGAGGUCUUCAAUGACAUGAUAAAGUCCGACAUAGAACCUGACAUCCAUGCAUUCAGCAUUCUUGCAAAAGGCUAUGUGCGUGCUGGUGAGCCUGAGAAGGCCGAGUCACUUAUGACAUCCAUGGGAAAAUAUGGCGUGCACCCAAAUGUUGUAAUCUUCACGACCAUCAUAAGCGGGUGGUGCACCGCUGGAAAAAUGGAGCAUGCUUGGAGUGUCUAUGAGAAAAUGUGCGAAAUGGAAAUCACCCCGAAUUUGAAAACUUUUGAGACCCUUAUAUGGGGAUAUGGAGAAGCUAGGCAUCCAUGGCUAGCAGAAGAUUUACUCAAUAUAAUGGAAGAGAAGGGAGUUCAUCCUACUAAGAGGACUAUCCAGCUCGUGGCUGAAGCUUGGCGUGCGAUAGGUUUAGUGACCGAAGCCAUGAGAGUCUUAAAUGAUUCGGACAAAGAAAAUAGGAGGGACAAGAUACCUGAUCAGAGCUUGGAGAUCAUUAGUAGGAAACAAAACUUAAGUACUUCUUAUCCUAAUGUUUUGCAGAUACCUGGAGUAGUAGUUUCUGAUAACGGCGGUUCUGCUGCCAACAUACGAGGUCAUAUGCUUGUGAGAGGGUUUGAGUUUUCAGCUGAAAGUAUGCAGCACAGUGCUACCAAAACCAUGUGUCUUACGCAAACUACAUCGUCCGCGCUUAGAGUCCAGCAACCACUGAUUAUAUGUAGAAGGCAGUCUCGGUGUCAAGUUGGGAUGUUCAGGCAUUUCGUACAUACAUGUCCGGUGGUGUAAAUAUAUAAACGAGGAAACAAAGGCGGUCGCGGUGAUCGGGAGGAUUCCUUGGUUCUGAUUCUUGAAUUCAAGAGUGGGGAUGAUUCUUUUGCUAAUCAGAGCUGCUGAUUGUGUUAUACUUCCAUUCCUACUGGUGUUGCUGAACUGAUGAAUUUGUUCUGAAAUUGUGUAAUUUGCUACAUGAGAUGUGUAACAUAUACCAUAUGUGUUCAUAAUUCAAGGCAAAAAAAUCUACAUCUGGA